AUAACAUUUUGUGUAAUUACUAGUGUUUUAUGGCAUGUUAAAGUGUUUGAAAAACCAAUAAUUUACAGUCGUUUCACAUUAUAAGAAUACUGCCUAAAUUGUGUAAGUAAAAUGGCUGAAGCACAAAGAAGUAGAUUGGCAGCAUACAAGAAUACUGGCCAAGGAGUUACGGAGCUUCGGCGUAAGCGUGCAGAGUUGAGCGUCUCUCUCCGGAAGCAGGCCAGAGAUGAACAGCUUCAGAAGCGGCGUGCCAUGUCUCCGGAUGAGUCUGACGUCAUCCAAGAUGACGAGAAGCUUAUGACGCCAGAGGAGAUAGUAAAAGGUUUGAAGUCCUCGGACAUUAUGGUUAAGACCACGGCAGCUAGAGCAGCGCGCAGAAUGCUCUCCAAGGAACAGAACCCACCGAUAGAAGUCAUGAUUAAGGCUGGAGUCAUUAAGCCAUUGGUGGAAGCUUUGGAUAGAGACGACUGCCACGACCUUCAGUUCGAAGCCGCUUGGGCCAUCACCAACAUUGCGUCUGGUACUCAUGCUCAGACCAUGGAGAUUGUAGAAAGUGGUGCUAUACCCAAGUUAGUUGUGCUGCUUUCGCAAGGGGGCGCUGUGGGGGAGCAGUGUGCUUGGGCUCUCGGCAACAUUGCUGGUGAUGGCGCAGGACCCAGAGACUUGGUGUUGUCUCAUGGGGCUAUGCCGGCUCUACUUCCACACUUAAAUGAAAACGCAGUGAUCACUCAGCUUCGAACUGCUGCAUGGGCGCUUAGCAACUUCUGCAGAAAUAAAAACCCACUGGUGAAGUUUGAGUUGGUAGCAUCUGCUCUUCCCUAUAUGUCAUCUCUACUCGCCGUUACCGACCAAGACGUUUUGACCGAUACUUGCUGGGCGUUGUCAUACCUCACAGACGGACCCAACGAGCGUAUAGAAGGUGUGCAGACCACAGAGAACCUGCUGCCAAGACUUCUGAAGCUGUUGCAGCACAGGUCUCCUGCAGUACGGACUCCAGCAUUACGAGCUGUUGGGAACAUGCUGACAGGAUCUGAUGUUCAGACGGAUCGCUGCCUGCGCGGCGGUUGCUUGGAGCAAAUAGCAUAUCUGAUGAGAUGUGGCCAGCCGUCCCUCGUGAAGGAAGCUGCCUGGGCCCUGAGUAACGUGCUGGCGGGAACCACGGAACAGAUCCAGAUGGCGAUAGACGCCGGGAUGUUGACACACCUGGUGCACGUACUGAAGACAGACGAUAUCAAAUCUCAGAAAGAAGCAGCGUGGGCAGUGACCAAUCUAUGCCUGGGGGGCACAGCCCCGCAGCUUGACGCCCUCGUGGCCUCAGGGUUCUUGGAGCCCUACUGCGCUUUACUCGGUUCACCCGACCAUCGUGCCAUCAGUGUAGUACUCGAAGGACUGACGCGUUUACUUCAGGCCGCUGCUCGAUACAGCGAGGUGGAAAAUUUAUGUCUCACCCUGGAAGAGAUUGGUGCUUUAGAUAAAAUUGAAUCCUUGCAAGAACAUGAAAACGAAGAGGUAUACAAGAAAUCCCUGCUCAUUUUGGAUACAUACUUCGCUGCUCAAGAAGAUAAGACAGCACAGCCCGAACAAAGCGAUGAACAAUUUACAUUUGGUGUCAACAAUCCGUCCAAUUUGAACUUCUAAUUUUCUUCCAUUGCUGCGUACGAGUGAUAGGGACAGCGAUAAUAAUCGCUCGCCAUCGCAAUGUAACUCAGUAACGGUCCGUUUAUUUACAUUCUUAAUCUAGUCUCGCUGGCCUUAGUGCUAAUAAUAGAAUAAGUAUAAAAGAGUCAACUAUACAUUUAACCCCGCAUUAUUGGCGUAUUGAGACUCUUUCUGAAAUUCUAACCUUAAAAUAACACAUAAAUACUUGGUUGAUGAAAGAAUUACAUAUUUUUUAAAUAAUGAGUUCUCUUGGACAAUUAUUUAAACAAAAUAAAAAGAAUAAGUAAACAGUGCAGUAACAAAUUAUUUUUAGUUAAUUUAUUUAUGGUUAUACAAACAAAAUGGUGGACACUCAAUAGUGCAUUUUGAUAUUAUGUAAACAAUGUCAGUAUUUUAAAAUAGAUAGUUAAAAUAGACCUAUUUCUUGUGUAAAAUUAAAUUUAUUAGAUAAUUUAAAAGUAAACGUGAUAAUAAAAAAGGCUGGAUUCCUAAAUUUUUAAGGCUUUAAGAUAAAUGUUGAUAACAAGUAGCGAAAUACAGGUUUGUUAAUUGUUAAGUAGGUAAAUACAAAUAAAUCAUUU